AUGAGGCUAGACCGAUUGCACAUGUUGAUAUUAUUCUUAUUUCUUCCUAAUCGUAAAGCCAUCGCCUCGAUUAAUAAGAGAAUCGUUCUGACACAACCCACUGUAAUUUUGGUCUCGUACGAUGGUUUCCGGUGGGACUACAUGGAGAAAGUUGAUACUCCGAAUUUGAAUUUUAUCGCAAGUAAUGGCAUCAAAGCGAAACACCUUCUCAAUACCUUUGUUACCAAGACAUUCCCGAAUCAUUUCACGUUAGUUACAGGACUUUAUGAGGAAAGCCACGGGAUCGUAGCAAAUACGUUUUUCGAUCCUGUUUUCAACGACACUUUCUACUUAGAUGCGGUGUCAAAGCAUUACUUGGAUUCAAAAUGGUGGAACGGAGAACCGGUGUGGAUCACGAAUCAAAAAGCUUUUAAGAAAAGUGCUGUGGUGUUUUGGCCUGGUUCAGAAGUGAAAAUAGAAGGCCAGUACCCUACACACUAUUUACCCUAUAAUCCGUCACUUUCCUUCGAGAAACGAAUAGAUUAUUUAUGUACAAUGUUAGAGCAGGAUGAUCCUCCAAGCUUUUUGGCCGCUUAUUUUAACGAGCCAGAUCACAGUGGGCAUAAAUUUGGCCCUGAUUCACCAGAGAUUAAAAUUGUUAUUCGUAGAAUGGAUAAUGUCACUGGAUAUCUGUUGGAAAGUUUACGAAAUCGAGGAUUGUUGAAUCAGGUAAGAAGAUCUAAGCUUAAAUAAUAACCAAAUCAAUCUGCAGUUUACUGUGAAAGGUUGACAUCAGCUGACGACAAUUGUGUCAUCAACAACUAUGUACGCGAUGAUGACGUUUAUUUAAGCUUGAUACUUAUGGUGUUGCAUCACGGAGCCCUUUCCCUCCUUAGCAUUGUCUGCUGCUGGCUUGUGUCACAAACAAAACUAAAUCUCGUAUUAUGAUAUGCAUGCAGCAAUUUUACUUGUAACCAUCCCCCCCGGGGAUUUGCAAGAUUUUUCUUUCCUGGUGGUCUAUUCCCCACUCCCGGGCAUGCAGAAAGAGACAAUUCCCCCGAGCUUCUGAUCAACCACAUAUACGUUUCUUGCUACAUCCGUUGAUGCAUACAAAAGGAAAUCGACCUAUUUUCACAACUUUUAUGAACGUUUUCCUCGAGGGAAGGAUAACGGAUGUUGUAACGUAGUUAAAACAUAAAAACUAAAUUUGAAAACAAGAACAAAGAAGAAAAAACUCCUUAAAAAGAGAACACUGUCUUCAUGAGAACACUGGACUGAAUCACUGUUUCUCUAUAUAUGUCACUAGUAAUAGUUGACACUACAGCUGCCCCCGCUCGGUAUAUUGCCGGUCAAUAGUAUUCUUGCUCGUUGUGUAGCCCUUUGAAAUAUACCAAUUCAUAAGGAAGAUUUUCACACAUAUUCCACACAAUAGGUGAGAUAAAUACAGGAAAUGCAAGGUUCCAUGCACAGUUUCAGGUUGAUUUACACAGCUUUGAUCAAAACAUUCUCAGUUUCGAGAAUAGUUUAUUCUAAACCAUAAGAAAAGAUUUAAUAAGAAGUUGAAUUUUUUGCUAUUUCUCUUUCACUUUUUACAUUCAGUUUAUUUUAUUUGCCGGAAAGGAAGCCUUAGAAAUUGAAAGGAGGUUUGAUCAAUUCACACUCACGCAUAGUCUUAUUUUAAACUUUAUAGCAGAAGGACAUCUGUGAGCAGGGAAUAAGUCAGCACAGAAUUUGGUUGUCGGCAAAUUUCUGUAAUCGUCCAUCGAUAUGCUAGUGAGAAGCUACCAGUUGUUUUUCACUCAUCUUGCUUAUUCCAGUCAAAGAGAGAGAAAGAGUGUCUGGCAAAGGUUUCCAAUGAAAGAUUUGUGAACUUGUGUCUGGCAAACUCUCCAAGUGUUUAUAUAUGCACAGUUAUACGCACCUUAUAACUUCUUCUGUGCUUAACAAGUGUCGUUAAAAUUUUGGUCCAUAAUUUUCUCUGAAACAACUGCUCCACAGAAUGUCACUGAUAACACGUAACGCAAAAAAGUGUUGAAGUAUGACUGCACUAUAAAUGUCACAAAAUCUACCUAAGUGGUCCCUUGGGGAUGAUCUGUCUUUACGUCAUCCUAACCAUUUCAUACUUGCGGGCGCAAACAAUAGAAACGUCAUCAUUACCUACCGAUUCCUUGCAGCCCCAUUCAAGCAAAUCAAGAUUUUUUCUAAAUUGAGUGUUUGACUGUAUAUUUCAGCUGUAAGUACUUUCCUUAAUAUAUGCACGAGUUACUAGAGUGCCUCCUCGGGAUUUCGCCUUCUGGGCGAAAUCCCUGCCGGGGCAAAAAGCCUUGUAUUCGUUUUCAUAUCAUUAUUUAAAGCUGAGCUGAAGAAAUAUUUCUUUCCUUCCUUUUUUAAAAAAUAAAAUCCAUUCAAGUAUGCACCAUACGCACAUUUGUUUCAAGUGUUAAAACAUACCUUUAAAUACAGACUUUAUUUUGAAAAGUUAUUCCUCUCCAACCACUCUCCGACAAAUUCCUGCCAGUAAAGUUGGUUGAGAUAGGUGAAGGACAAAAAAAACAUACUGUUUUGUUCUUCAUUUGUUGUACUGGAUUUAUUCAAUUAUGAAGAGGGUGUCUUUUCGUAAAUGCUUGUGAUAUGUUAUAUAUGUGGUAAGAUGUAGUAACUCUUUACGUGUCCCAUAAGAUUAUUAUAAUUAGGUAACUCAUGGAUCUAAAUAUAUUUCCAUUGUAUCUAUAUGACCCACUUUAGGUAAACCUUAUUAUCACAAGCGACCAUGGCAUGGCAGAUGUCAACAACUCCUGUCUUAUCCAGCUGGAUCAUUACAUUCCAUCAGACUGGUAUACACUCAUCACUGAUCCAAACAGGGCAGACCAUGCUUCUAAUGUGUUUUUUCAUAUUCUACCCAAGAAAGGAAAGUUGAAUGGCACCUACCAAAAGCUCAAGACUGUUCCACAUCUAUAUACAUACCUCAAAGAAGAAAUACCUGAAGAGUUUCAUUACAGCCAUAACCGACGUGUCAUGCCGAUUUUCAUUGUCGCAGAAGAAGGAUGGACCAUUACAAAAAACAAGUCGAGAAUAGACAGUCGUGGUAACCAUGGCUACAGUAACCAAUUCUCUGAUAUGCACCCCUUUUUUCUUGCCCAAGGACCUGCAUUCAAAGAAGGGUUUGUUUCAGAACCUUUUGAAAAUGUGAAUAUAUACUCUCUUAUGUGUCAUAUACUGGGCAUUGAACCAGCGCCAAACAAUGGCUCAUUACAAGCAGUGCAGCAUCUGCUAAAGGAAAAGGAACAAAAACACGAUUAUACAGUGUUGAUAGUAGUCAGUGUAAUUUCUGUUUUAGUUCUUUUGUUAAUGACUUAUGGUAUUGUCUCAUUUUGUGUCAAAAAUCAUUGUAGAAUGAGGCAGUAUGGGCAUAUAUAUGACUUAGGAACAUCAGAAUUGUUUGAUUUGUAGACACUUCCAUGUGGGUUAAAGGGGCUGUGUCACAGUUUUCUGGUUCAUUUUGCUAAUAUUGCAAAUAUUAAAUGUCCUUCCUCAGAAUGGAACUUAGCGUCAAUGACAAAAUUACUGGUAAAUUACAAAAUUACAGCUUAAAGUUGAACUGGAUAUGUCUCCUGGUCAAAAAUAAUAUUGAUUGUUACAGAUGAGAAAACAUUUGAAAAACUGUUCUCUUAAAGUUUUGACCUGUUAUUUUAAUGUCUCACUCAAUUAAUUAUUUGGUGGGAGCUCCCCACUGUUUGAAUUUUAAUAGAUUUCAUGACUUAUCUCCUUUACAAUAAAAUAAUAAUAGGUUAUUGACCAGUGAUGCCAAGUAAACAUAAUUAGUAUGUGUAAUCAAAUGGUGACGAGUGAAAUUAGGGAAUAAUUUCAUGCGCGUUUUGUCCAAAUAAAGGCUCGGGAAAUUAUUAGGAUUUGGACAAAACGCAAGUGAAAUUAUUCCCUUAUUUCAAGAUUGUACCAUUUGAUUACCUAUUAAUAUCAUGGGUGACGAAUUACGUUAACAAUCUUGGAUUUUUGACAUGUUCAUCCUGGAUCGUAUCGAUCGAGAACUGCACUCUCUCAAAUGUCUAGACCUUAAAUUUGGCUUAUGAAGUUCAGAAUUUUUUAGACUUUUUCGGCAAAAUACCUUUGAGAAUCCUUCUUGAUGUUCUCUUGUGUGUUCAGGUUUUCUAAAGCGUCUUUUUGUGCCCUGACAUCUUUAUUCAUGUCAUUUUAAAACUUUGUCGCCAUCUUGACCCUGAGACGUACGGAAGGGUUGCCAUGGCAAUUUUGUGAAAUUACAUAUUAACGCUGAAGUUUUGUGCCAAAAUUAAGGAGUAAUUCGUCACCUAUGAUAUUAGUAUUAUGAUAAAUUAUUUAUUAAUUAGUUUGAAAGUAAUGAUAAUAUUGUUAAUAUCGCAUAUUGGUCCCAUGUAAGGCUGUACAACCUUAGCCCCCCAAGCCCCUAUAAUGUUGCUUUGAAAAAAGCUACUUGGAAAUCUCUUUUGCUUUUGCAUAAAGAUCAUAUGCUAGGUGCCCUGUAUUUCACAGGCUCCCUACGAUUUUUCCACAGAGCCUUGGCUCCCAUCAUGAUAGUAAGAUUUGUUGGACUAUAGAAAUUUAUUUAAAUUUUUUUAGAGUAAAUUAUUUUUUAUAUCUGUACAUUUGAAAUCUCUUUUUUUCCUGAAUUUUUUGCAGUUGUUAUUAUAAACAUUCUUACAUGUUGUGUUCGAGUAUUUCUUGCAAAUGUUGUUAAUUAAGUAUAAAAAGUGUACAAAGUAUGUACAAUUUAGUAGACUCUCACCUCUAAUAGGUGUAUUAGUGCAACUUAAAUAUAACUUUUCACCUCUUUUGGACAUUUCUCAUCAAUGCAAUCAAUUUAUCUGUAUUUACCUAAAUAUGUCUAACUCUUGCAUCCUUUCCUUUGCUCUUGUUUCAUAGUUUGUCUAUGGAAGCAAGUGAUUUAAUGGUUACUUUUUUAAACGACUAUAGGAGCU